UUGUCCCAGCACAUGCAGUACUUGUUGCUAUAGAUGCUAACUUGUUGUACACUAAUAUUCCUCAUGAAGAGAGUAGGCAAACUUUGGAGGAUGUUUUGGAUUUGCGUUUGACCUUAAAACCUCCUACAUAUUUUUUGAUGGAACUUAUAAAUAUUUUUGAUUUGUUAAAAGUUCUAUCAGAAAAGUUCUAUCACUUCACCCCUGCAAAAAGUCAGCAGUUAAUAAGAUCCUUUCAUGCAAACGGGGAUUGCUCAUCGGGUCUGCCAUUCUGAUUGUUCUGGGCCCCUCGAGCAUUGUACUAUCAGUAGCUUUCCCCUGGGUCCUGCUUCGUGAUUUCACUUCCAUGGAUUUCACAUGCACAUUCAUCGUCCGUGUAUCCGCAUAUUUUUUGUACCAGCUAGCACGUAUGUAUUUACUCCAGUCCACUUUGCGGUACAGAAACGCAGACGCCACUUAGCUUUGUUUCCUACUUCAGUUUUGUUUCGUUUUAUACAAAAUACAGAAUCCCAGCAUUUUUUUUAUUUUUUUACCGAGCAGGGUAUAAACCUCAAGAGCAGCGCUGUUGCAAAAGUUAUCAAAAAGAUCUCAGGAGUCAAAACACACGAACAGACCUCGAAAAAUUGAAACUUCCUGGCCAGUAGGUGGCGGUGUAGUCUUUGGCAGAGGAAACUGGGGAGCUUUCUUUCUUCCCUCUCUUUAAUGUUUGUGCCGGGGGGAGGUGAGAGAGGACGGCUCUGAAGUCCAGGCAGCUGCGAAAGCGUUGUCGGAGGUCCUCGGAGUUUGACAGCAUAUCUAGGCAGUGGUUUGUGCAGCCUGGAUCAUGGACUGAAUAUCUUCUGAAGAAGACCCUGCUUCCAGAAACUACACUUCCUUUCAGAAACUGCAUCCUUGAUUCCAGAUAUGUUGGCUGGCAGACCCUGAAGUUUCUAAAGAGGACCAAAUGAUCUUGUGGGGUGUGGGGGAGAGCUCAAGCAUAUAAGGCUAUACACAGGUGUAAACACUUAAGACUUGAACCAGGUUACCAUUCUUUGAGUCUCCAAUGCCCUGAAUGAUGGGCAUAUGAAACGCUGUCCAGCCAUAACAAUGUCAGAGACAAAAAGUGUCAUCUCAGAGAUACACUCUUCACAGUCAACAGCCUUAGAGGGGUGUAACUCUGUUUAGGCUGACCCUAAAAAUGUGAGAGAUUUGAGUAAUUGGUGGUUCAUGAUAGAAGCUGAAGUAUUCCUUUUUUACUUUGUAUGCCCCUUUUUUACUUUGUAUGCCCACGUGAUUGCUUUGGAUUUGGAUAUGAAGGAUAUUUUAGAGAGUGUUACAGGAAAGGGCACAACCAGAAGGAGAUAUGACCUGAUGUUCUGACUGUUAAAGGGGCAUCAUCUGUCAAGAGGUGUCUUCUUAUCCCCUGUAGCAACAGUAGGUAGCAUACAUGUUGACAUAGCUGCUUUUCCAAGGGAUAAUGAAUGUGUGAUAAGGGUAUUACUAAGGUGGUAAUUUCCCCUUGUUGAGACCAUGCACUAUACCACAGGUGUCAAACUCGCGGCACCAUGCUGGCAGGGGAUGAUGGGAACUGUAGUCUAUAACCUCUGGAGGGCCGCGAGUUUGACACCUAAGCACUAUACUAAUGAUUUAUUCACCACAGUCCAACCACAAGUUCUAACUCAGCCCCAUUGAAAACGGUGGAACGAGACUUAAUUGGGACUGACUUGCCCCAUUAUUUGCAUCAGGACACAGUCACAAGUCACUUUUGAUGGGCUGUGUUUCCCACUCGCACAUGAUGAUGAGUAAAUAGGAAUCACAGCUAUUUACACCCCUCUUUAUAUAAAUAUUAUCUGAGUUCACAACAGGAAUGAGUUUCUGUAUUCUACUGAUUCUGGCUCUUUCUGAGAAGGCAGAGCUGGAAGGAGCAGAGUCAAACUGGUAUUUUUAAUUUCUGACUAAGAAAAGCUGUGUUGGGUAAAUAAUGGUGACAAGAAACAUGCUUUCCAUUGCCUAAUGAUGGGCAAGCUACCUCCAUCUUGUCUCCACUUUCCAUGUGUCUUGAGAUUUUGCCAAGGAAUGAUUGCUGGUGGCAGGUGUGUCCCCAGAUCACCUGCGACAGCACAGUGCUGCCUCCCAUGUGCCCCCCUGAUGUUGACACUGGGAGGCAGCAUAGCCACAGGCAGCAACAGAAGAACAAAUCUCUGUGUUCUGAGACCUCAUAAACAGCAGCCUUCCUAAGCUGGCUGGAGAACCUGGAAGGAUGAAUGCCUUCAUGACAACAUCCUGGUCCUAUUUCCUGGGCUUCCCACUAUCCUGACAUCUUGGUCCCUUUUUAGAACAGGCGAUCACUACUCCCUUUUGGUAUGCAGAUUUGCCUGCUGCUGGUGCAAUUCCCUUCUGUGUUCAUAUAGUCGUUGGAGGUAUAACAACCUGGUAGCAGGUCUCCAAGAUAUUAGGGUACACGUACUCAAAGUCAUGUAAGGAGUAGAAGAUUGUAAAUUAACCCAGCUGUGUAUGACAGACCUUUGCUGUAGGUGACGAGCCUGAGAUGGAAGUCUCAGGGAGGAAUUGAGAAGCAGAAAGCAGUCAUUCUGGCUCACCUGAAUAUCUGGCUCACCUCUGCCCUAUUUCACAGGCUUGGCAUUUUACACCCUUGGUACAGAACUGAAAUCAACUCAUUUCUUUCUGCAGGAGUGUCAUGCUUUGCUGCUUGUGCCUGUCUUUGCACUUGAAAGCUGUAGAAGUUCAGAGCAUCCACUUGAGAAAGAGCCCUGCAGGCUGUCUGUUGUCAUAGGGAAGGGAGCCAGCCUUUGACUAAGGUCAGGGCUGGGCUGUUUGGUACCAGUUUACAUUCCAGGGCCAGGGUUUUCCCCAUAUUCAAAUAAACACCUCGUGCACUCUUUAAAAGAAGAAAUGGACUGCAGGAGCAAGUGCAGCUUCCUGUCAUGUUCUUGUGAAAGCAGCUGGACGGUUCCUCUCAGGUCCCUUCUGUAAGCAGAGGCCCUCUGAGAAGGGAAGUAACAUUGCUGGCUGCUACCGUUCACUGCAGGACAUGUGUUUAUAAGCAAACCAGGAGAGGCUCCAAAAGAUACAUUGGAUUAUUACACCCACCAUGAUCCUGGACAGAGCAACCUGGGUUUCCAUCCUCUUCUGCCUUGGUGCCUCACAGCACCUAAAAGGACAUAUUUGGGACCAAGUAACUUCUAGCCCCAUUUUCCAAAAUGAGCCAUUUGUUGUGGUAUGGAACUUGCCUACAGCAAGAUGUGAAGAGCGUUUUGGGAUUGCUCUACCUCUUGGAGAUUAUGGCAUUGUUGAGAACAAAGGCAAUGCAUUUCGUGGCCAGAACAUGACUAUCUUUUACAUAAACAAGUUUGGACUCUAUCCCUACAUCUCCCCUGAGGGUGAGUGGCAUAAUGGUGGAAUACCUCAGAAAGCAUAUCUGAAGGAGCAUUUAGAGAGGGCCUCAAAAGAAAUUACAGAACUCUUGCACCAUGAUUUCCAUGGUCUGGCUGUGGUUGACUGGGAGGAGUGGAGGCCUCUCUGGAGGCGGAACUGGGGGCCCAAGAUUGUGUACAGGAAGGCCUCUGAACAGUGGGUGCAGGAAAGAUUCCCAGAUCUGCCUGCUAAGGAACAAUCCUACUUGGCUGAGGAGGAGUUUGAACAGGCAGCUAAAAUCCUCAUGGAUAGAACACUGACUCUGGGGAAGAAGUUGAGACCGCAAGGACUCUGGGGCUUCUACCGAUUCCCCGAUUGCUUCAAUGAUAACUGGGAGAAAGAAAAGAAUUACACUGGCCAUUGCCACCCCAAGGAGGUUCAGUGGAAUGAUCGACUCUGGUGGCUUUGGGAAAUUUCCUCAGCCCUCUUCCCCAGCAUCUAUCUCCCCCCAAAGCUCCCAAUAUCUAAACACCAGCGCUAUGUUCACUACCGCCUAAGGGAGGCAUUCCGUGUGUCACAAUUUGGUUUGAAGCCACCCCUGCCUGUGAUCUCAUAUUCCAGAGUCUCCUACAGACACUCCCCAAGAUACCUUGUUGAGACUGACCUGGUAUACACCAUUGGAGAGAGUGCGGCACUUGGUGCUGCUGGGGUUGUACUCUGGGGUGACCUCUCCUAUUCCCAUUCACCUGAGAGCUGCAAGAGCCUUCGGCAUUAUAUUGUGUCCACGCUGGGGCCAUAUGUAGUCAAUGUGACCACCGCAGCUCGCAAAUGCAGCCACCAGCUAUGCCACGGGAAUGGACGCUGUGUGAGGCAGAAUCCUGACGAGCUGGGAGCUUUCCUCCACCUCAGUCCGCAGGAGUGGGAAGGGGAAACCAUUAUGACAGACCUUUCAGAUCAAGAAGUUUCAGCAUGGGAGCACUUCCAGUGUCACUGCUACCCUGAAUGGACCGGUACCUGGUGUGAGAGAUCACAGUGGAUGGAGCCUGUCAAAGGAGUGGAGUUCAACCUAGCCCAACAGCAUCAUGAUAUCUGUAAUGCAGCUCAUGACAACAGUGUUGCUGUGAAGUCAAACAGCUGUCCUCCCUCCAUUUAUGAUUAACAGACAGAGUUCAGAUAACUAUCUGAACAGGUUCUGCAGUCUUUUAGGAUUUAUCCAAGGGCAGCCUUACCAUACCAGAAAGUACAAGUCUGUGGGCCUGGUAACCAAGUGAUGAGUCUGCUAAGGGACCUCCUGUCUUGGACCAACAGCAAGACAAACACACCCUGCCCCCCUUUCCUCUCUAUUGUAUGUACACUGACAGUUCAAGUAGCCACACAGGCCAGAUAAUAUUUCCAAGAAUAAUGACUUCACUGUUUUACAGUUAUGUGGGUGCUAAAGUAAAGUUACUUUGGUGCUAAAGUAGAGACUUAGACAUUGUCGGUUUUGGAACUCUGCACUAUAAUAUAUCACAUAUAUUAAAAAGGGAAACCUUUUGGCAACUUUUUGACAGUUCUAGCAUUGAGUAGACGUUACAUGCUUCCAUAGGUAUUCAGAAUUUAUACAGGCCAGGGCAAAAAGAAAUUAUGUCGUGAUCUUCAUUUGUGUUUCUCCUAUUUUCUUAAUGCUAUAUGGGGUGGGGAUAAACUACAUGUUACGUUGAACAUAUGUGAGUGGAUCCUCCAGUGUGUCUUUGAAAACAACUGCAGAUGAAUAAAAUCCAAUUGAGGCCAGAACACAGGGCAGGGGAAGGUUAACCUGUGCAGUUUUCUCCAUUGAAACGACCCCUCCAGAAUAUUUUUUUGCCUCAGUUGGGGGAAAAGGUCAGGCCAGUUGGGGGAAAAGGUCAGGCCCUCACUUGCCUACUCUGAUUAAAAGCAACCUUCAGGUCACAGUUUCAAUAUAUGGAAACAUCAGAGAAAAAGAUAAAUCGCCCUCUUCAUCUCUUGUGCCUCCAUAAAAUGUCCCUGGCUGAUUCCGCAUGGGCCAAAAACAGUGGUGUGAAAACAGUGUGAAAACAGUAUUAACCCUUUUACACCGUUUUAAACUCUUUCACAUCAUUUUCACACCGUUUUCACACUGCUGUUUUUGACCCAUGUGGAAUCAGCCCAUGAUAGUUUUUAAAGGGGUUGAAAAACCCAAGCACAGCACAUCUCCACAAUGGAUUCUGUGCCUCUUUCUGGUGUGUUAUUUGUGCAGUAGCUGAGAAAUAAUUGCCUAAGUUCCAGAUAGCCUCUUAAUUGUGCUGCUACAAGGAUUUUGAUCCCCCUGCACAAAUUUCAGUAUUCUGUAGCUUGGGAAAGGUUAUUUUAAUCCCAGCUAUGGGCCACAAUUGAGAUGCUGAGUUCAGUGUAGAAUGUGGAUAUUUUGGCGACAGGGGCACCUUUUGUACAGAGAUACAUUUUGUGAAUAUACUUAUUCCAUACAUUCAUAAGAACACAGUAAUAUGCUUACAAAAACAAUAACAACAGAUUUAAAACUUUCUUAGGGUUGCCAACCUCCAGGUGGUGGCUGGAGAUCUGGGAUUACAACUGAUCUCCAGGAGACAGAUCAGUUCACCUGGAGAAAAUUGGAAGGUGGACUCUAUGGUACUAUACUGCACUAAAGUCCCUCCCCUUCUCAAAUUGCACCUCCUCAGGCUCCACCUCCAAAAUCUCCAGGUAUUUCCAGUGGCAUAUCUAAGGUACAGCAGGUAUGGCAUGUGCCCUGAACGCCACUUGAAGGAGGGUAUCAUAUGUGCUUGCAUGCAAUGCUGCCUGAACACAUGCAGAGGGGCCAAGCUGGCUGGGAAAGCCCAAGAGAGGGCCCACCAAGGGAGCACUGCAGCCAGAGGCCUCCUCUUGAAGAAGAUGUAGGUUGGCCCAGUGAAGAAGAGACAUUGGAAGCGAUAGGUAGGUCAAGCUGGCCUCAGGUGCCUCCUGGCAUUCUGAGGGGAGUGGAGAUGUUGGAAUGCAGAUUCUGGUGAAAGAUCCUGGAAGACAGACCUAGCAGAAGGUUGCUGGAGGGGAGGGAGUGCUGUGAAGCAGCCAGGAAGUCCAGAUCACAACCUUGGUGACCCUCUGCUCCCCCUCCCCCCCGCCCCUGCCACCGCCCCCACCAAGGAGGAUAGCAGUAGUUGGGCAGGCUCAUAUUGAAUGGCAGCAGGUGGGCUUGGAUCAAGCAGAGCACACAGGGCCUUUUUAGCAGUGGUGGGAGGGCCAACAGGCAGACUACCUCCGGGAACAAGGGGAGCAACCCAUGAAGGAGACUUGACUGCCUCCCAUCUCUUGAAAGCCUCCUUUUAAGAGGCAACUUCAGGCUCCAGGCUGUCAGUUCUUGCCAUAGGUGUUUUUUCUGUAGGUACACCUAACACAGAGCUGGCAACAGAUCCCAUCAGCAGCUGACAUGACACCAGCUCACACUGGCAUUGCAUCUUAAGAUCUCACCUGAGGUAACUUUUCUCAGAGUACAAUUAUGAGUAAGUAUAUUUGUCUGUUAAAAUAUGUAUUCACGUUGGUUCUCCUUUUUUUGCCCACACAUUUGCUGUCCACAUGUUCAUUUUGUCGGUAUGAUUGAAUGCCCUUGUAUGCACUAUGCAGUUCUUGCAUACUUCUGGACCACGACGAAUAAAUCAGGAAACAGCAAAA